GUCUUGCUUUGCGCCGCUUCUUCAGCCGGCUCGUGCUCUCAAACGCCGUAACAAUCGCGAAAUCUUUUUGUAACCAAACGCUAAACGACAGGGCAAUGGAAAUUCGUACUUUUUUAUCAUAACCACAGGUUUUUUGCGUCCAUGGAAAAUCUGUGCAUGUAAUAUCAACGGUGAAAUCUAUUUCGAAAUUUCUUUAUAAGAAAUAUCUUAAAAUGAUGCGAUACAUCGCGUUCGAAGGCCGCGGCAGGCGAACCGGAAGUAUGGACGUGCCAGACGAGAUGGGAACGAAGGUGGAGCUUUAUGUUUACGAUCUCAGCAGGGGUAUGGCGGCCACGAUGUCGCGGAUCCUCAUAGGACGAGCGCUGGAUGGCAUAUGGCACACAGCGAUUGUGGCUUACGGUCGUGAAUACUUUUUCGGACCCACAGGAAUCCAGAGCAUAAGGCCGGGUGGUACUGUGCUCGGUGAACCGUUGAGAAUCGAGAAACUCGGCGAGACUUAUUUGCCGUAUUCGAUAUUUCUCGAGUACAUAAACGGUCUUGGUUCCUCCAAAUUUGCAUCAGGCACUUACAAUUUGUUCAAACAGAACUGCAACAACUUUACGGAAGAAGUGAGCAAUUUUCUGGUCGGAAAAGGCAUACCGAAAUACAUUCUCGAUUUGCCGGAGGAAAUUCUCCGAACACCUCUGGGACAGCAAUUGUCACCGUUGAUAAACAGUUUGACGAACGGAGCGAGCGCAGGUUUCACGGUUGGCCAAAGAUUCGUUGAGGCGAGAAUCGAGCGAGAAACGUCGCCGGAAUACCAAUUGUUGAACACAGAAAUCGAGGAGGCGAGAUUGAACUCGAUAGCGUUGGAGGAGAGACGUAACGUGCUUAACGAGAAAUUAGCGAAAAAAGAGCGUAAAAAGAAGAAAAAGAAGAAGGAAAAACGAGAGAAGAAGAGUCGAGAAAGCGAGAGCAACAGCACCGGGACUAGUAACAAUUGUCCUGAGAUGGCGGACGAAGGUACGAUGAGCGACGUUCAGCCGAGCAACGGUGACCUCGGAGCUGAGAUGUUACCCUCCGAGAGGGUGCUGCAAAUGGAAGCAGAGGAAAAACUCGAAAUGGAAGAGAAAAAACGACAUCGCGAUCCACCGAUAGUUUUCAAAAAUAUAGUCGAUGUUGGCCCUGAAUUUGACGCUCUUAGCCGUCUUCUCGAGGGUAAACUUAACGAAAGCGAAGUCACGAAUCUCGAUGAAUUGCGACAGUACGUUUUGGAGAACGAAGGCUCUUGGGCGCUCGGUGAUAACUUCCUCAAUUUCAUCGGUCGAAUUUUGUACGACAAAUCCCUGGAGAGUGAAAUCAGAAUCAAACUUCUUAAUAUUCUUUCCGUUGCGGCGUUGAAGGACGACGUUAUACUUCUGUUACAUCAAGACAGGCGCGAGCACACAAUGAUGAACUUUGCAUUUGACAUUGAUCGUCAUCCGAGCGAGGAGCAAUUGGCCCUCGCACAAUUUAUGGCUAAUAUGUUCGAAAACCUGAGCAGCUCCGAAUGGCUGCUUUACAUAUCCGAGUGGCAACAUAAUAAUCAGAGCAUCAGUAACAUCAGGGUAACAACAAAAGUUGCGGUACAUUCUUUACUCUCGGACUCGCCGGAUCUCUCGUCUCGGGGUGCAGCCAUAAUACAUAACCUCGCCUGCAAGGAGAAAAUGAACAAAAGCAAAAAGCUCCGCCAGCUUUUACCGAAAGGCAGCAUUUCUAAGGUUUUCGACGACGUUGCUGUCGAGUUGACAAUGGCGUUGCUACAGUACUUCAACGGUAGUCCACCCGAGGAACAACUUUACGCGUGUAUGAAAGCGCUCGCCAGAUUCACCCAAAUAAGCGGCCAGGAAGUACCUCAACUCGUGCAAAUGAUCGGACCAGAGCCCAACAAGUUUCGGGGCACGUCGCCAAGAAUCGACGAACUUAUCGAUCAGAUCAACAAAAAAUUACGUUAAACGUCCUCAAUUUUUUAAAACAAUCACACCAAAUUUUUCCAAAAACAGCAGCGAUACUCGAGUACCUCGAAUCAGAGACAAAGCCUUGGUUCCCUUCCACAAUUGAGCCUUGAACACCACAUCCCGGGUCCGUGCGACCGGGAGCUUUUUUCGCUAACUUCAGUCCCAAAAACCCCGUCAAUUUGAAAAAAAUGUCUUCAUUGACUCGCUAUAUACCGAGAAGAAAAAACCGGAUCGUCGUCACUCAAUUUUCUUCCCGGAAACAAAAAAGUUUGUUUGUUCAAAAUAAUCAUGUUCUCCAAUUCCUUUCCUAUGAUGUCCAUGGUGGUGUUUACGGUUAAGUGUCGAAUCGUUAUGAAGCACGCAUUAAAAAUCGCUUUUGAUAUUGUAAGAAGUACGAUUAUUUACUUCCUAGUCGAAUUCGUGUUGAAACGAAAAAAGAUAUGAAGAUUUUUUUCACGUUUUUAGAACUCGUAGAGCGUUUUUGUUAAUAUUUCAAGGAAAAUGUAACUUGUUGAUGCGUUCGAAGGUUUUAAUAAACCGUCGCAAAGUCGUUUUGGUUUAGAGCACAAAACCAAGAAAGAAUUAUUAACGUACGAUUGACUCUUCUCAUUUGUUCUUCUUUUUGGCCAAAAGCCAAACAGAACAUGCGAAUUUUUAAACUUAUUAUUGUUAUUAUUAUUACUAUUAUGUAGGAUUAUAGAAUAGUUCAAAAAAUAUUGCAUUGAAUAAUUUAUUCAAAUGGAUCAUUUCGUCGAGUUUAAUAACGCGACGAUAGAUUUUAAUAAACGUGGAAAAUUUAACGAAAUUUCAUUCAUUGCUACGAGAGCACGUUUUUAAAUCAACGCGGAUGCUCAUUUCAGUGUAAAUAAAGAAAAGAUUAACUGAUUUUGAAAAAUAAAUUUUCGAAUCUGUUGAUUUCGAAA